AGCCCGCGGAGGGGGCGGGGAGGAUGACUUCAUGCCGCCGGAGCGCCGUGAAUUUAGGAGCAGCAGCUGCCGCCGCCGGCGGCGAGAUGUGGGGGUGAAGUGACAGCGGGAGCUGCCGCCGGCUGAGGGACGAACAGCGCGGGGCACUCGCCGAGCCCGGGGAGUCUGGGCCGCCACCAGCAGCCGCUGCGGGAGGGAGAGAGAGAGAGAGAGAGAGAGGGAGGGAGGAAGAUGCGCUGAGCCGGUCGCUGAAAGGUACUGCUAUGUGGAUAUUUGUUAGCAAUGACUGAUGUGGAAUCUACAUAUGCAGACUUUAUUGCUUCAGGAAGAACAGGUAGAAGAAAUGCGUUACAUGACAUCCUUGUGUCGUCUCCAGGCGGGAACUCUAGUGAACUAGCCUUAAAGUUAUCAGAGCUUGAUAUAAACAAAACAGAAGGAGAAGGAGAUGCACAACGAAACCCAAGUGAGCAAACCGGGGAGGCCCAAGGGGAGGCAGCAAAGCAAGAAAGCUGACAUCGGACUUUGACCGAGUGGAGCAGCUGCUGGAUGUUUUCAGGCUACAAGAGUGUGCUGGAACAAAUUUGUUUCCAUGAGCAAGCUGGUAGAAAAGAAAGUGCAUGUGUCUUCACUGCUGGAACCCACUCAACACAAUGCUAAAAAUCUGGGUACAAGCUGUGACAGAAGACAGAAUUUUCUCUACCUCUGUCAUUAGCAAUGGUUGAACAUGUAUUGAUUUUUUGGGAUAGUGUCAUCAGAUGGAUCCCUUCAUAAUGACUACUCGAUGGGAACACUUUUAGAAAGUAGAACAGGUAAAUCUUGUAGCAAAUGGCCUUUGAAGCAUCAGAGGAUCUAAUUGUGUAUCUUAAGCAAAGGCUUGUGUGAUCCUCAGAGUUUAAAAUUCUCUGGCCAAAGUGUUUGCCCAUUAUAAGAACUGUAAAGAAAGCACUGUUUUUAGAACUUUGCAUCUGUUUUACAGCUCUGUUAUUUACAAUGGUUUUUGUAUUGUACGACUUAGAUGCUCCACACUGCCCCUUCUCAACUGCUUAUGAAGAAUAUUUCUGUUACUGUGAAUUUUUCUACCACACGUUUUGAAAGGGCUGGUUUUUUGCAUAAGGUGGUGAUGUGCACAUGAUAGAUCUAAACGUCAACCGCUAAAUUGAUUAUGCCUAAACAUAAAUGACUCAGCAACACUCUAAUUUGUUACUAGAUGAGCCUUCAAAACGAUUUGUUAAUGUGAAUACUUGAGCGUGUGUUGUGUCCUUGGUACAGUUUUGCCACUUGCCUGUAGUUAGUUGCAUAUCAGAGACUCAAAUUGAAUCUUUUAUGUUAUUCUUCCCCAUUUUUCUAAUUUUGGUCCCAAUUUCUUAAUCUUUCUCUGAGAUAUUUUUUUAAAAUGUUAUUCCAAGUAUUUUAUUGUUACAGUAGUUUUAAGAAUACAUUUAUAACCUUAUAUGGGUUAAAAUUCAAACUAAUUCCACGGUGCUAGAGGUUUUCCUGAUUCACAUUGUAAAAGAUAGGCCUUGUUUACACAUGGGAAAAUAACUGGCAUAGGCUAUUGCCAAUUAUGUAUUCUGAAAUUAGUUUUAGAAUGCAGGAUAGUCCAAUGAGUGGAUCCUGGGCUGAAUUCAGCAAGAGGUUCAAUUUUUACUAUUCCUUCCCUUUGCCUCCGUUGAUCAGGCUGUUGAGUUUGCACAGCCAGUAGCCUGCUACUGAUGCACCAGGACAGCUGAGUGCUAGAAUCUGCUACAGUAGCCUUGUGGCUUGGAGUUGGAAAGGGAGGUGAGAGACUUGGCAUCUAGCACCCAAAGACUAGAUUUGUUCCCAUUUCAUCUAUUCCAAAAUGACAGUCCAAACCGGGCCUUCAUCAAAAUACCAGGAUAGCUUGUCCAUCCAGGACAUCACUUAAAAUAUCUACAAAUUAAUAACCUGUUCUGCGUAGCUAUUGCUGAUUGAUUUGUUUUUUCCCCUCAUCCUGCCCCAAUAGACAAGGCCAUACAUGAGGCUGAAUGCUGCAAAAUGGGGCAGCCACACCUCUGUGUGACUAAGGUGAGUGAAGAGAGUGACUGAUAGUAAACCAUGGCAAUCACACAAGCACCAAUCACAAGGUCAGAAGAUUUGUUUUCUUUUAUUAAUAGGAGGUGAUGUCACUUUAUAUAUAGUAUAUAUAUUAUAUAUAUUUUUGUGUUGUUGGUUUCAAAUGUUAUGCACUUUUUAAUGUUUGUAAACUUUUACUAAUGAAUAGUGUGAUUGCUUCCUGAAUAUAUUAAUCAUCAGUUAACAAGACAUCUCUGUGGCCACAGCUGUUUGUUUCCACCAUAUGUAUCAUAGUAUUUGUCACCUGAGAAUCUUUUGUGAGACGUGUGGAGGAAAAACCCACUUCUGAUCAGUAUUAUGAGAUCAUUUAUUAGUGUUAAUAAAAAACAAGCCAGCCGUAUGCUUGUGGCUCAUGCGUGUAAUAUUAACUCUCAACUUUUAGUGUUUCGAAGCUGAAUGCCUUGCUGUCUUACUAGCUGUCAAAUGCCCUAUCUUCUUAGUAAGAGAAGUAGUCCAUUUGCUUUGGAAAUACUGUUAUCCUUAAAUAACUUUCAUUCAUUUGUUUCACUUGGUGUUCCUUUCAGACUUAACACAUUAUUAUUGCCUUUUUUUUUAUUAUUUCUCCCCAUUUUGCUCUUGCAUCAAGUCUUCAAGCUGAACUCGUUGUCAUGGACUAGUUACUGUCAAUCUAGCACAAAUGCCGGAAGGAAAUAGGAUUCUAGGGGUUUUUUUAUAGUGUUUCUUUAUUGAUAAUCCAUGAAACAUCAGUAAAAUGUUGCAAAAAAAGGCAAUAGUGAAAUAAGUAUUUACAGUAUAUUAAAAUGAUGGUUUUCCUUAUUUUCCUUCAUUGCUUUUCUUUAUUUUAGUAUAUUUUCCUUCUUAAUUCUUUUGUGUUGUUAAAUAAAAUUAAUUUCAGCCUUUCCUCUCUAUUUUGUACCCGUUUCUUCUGUUUCUCCUCUUUUUUCUCUUGUUUUUAAACAAAUUAUGGAGUAUUUUGCUGAUUUUUGAAACCCGUCUCUUUGUGAUGGAAAAUAGCAUUGUUAAUUUUAGUGGAGUAAAAGGCUAUUUAUGUUCCUCUUCCCUCAAAA